CGCGCUGUGAUUUUCUCCACUCUCUUACAACUUAUCUCUCUUAUUCUUCCAUCCGCUUUCAUACCAUUUUAUGACCUUUAACCUUAUGGACUUGGGCCCAGCUUGAAUGUACAGAAACUGUGGGGCUACUAACAACAUGCAGAUGCAGCUGACCUCCGUUAUGCUCCUUUUUUUAUUGUGUAAUGGACUAUGUUCAGAUAUAGACCAGGGAAAAAGGGCAAUAGAGGAAGAGGUACUGAGAAGUCUCCUCACUUCAAAGGUAAAGCAGGGCAAGCACAUCGCCCCCUUGUGGCAGCUGCCUCUCCAGGAUGUGUGCAGGUUGAUGAACAGUCUCGGGGAGUCCUGGGGCAGCGAGGAGGAGCAGGAGGACACCGAGGUUCAGGCUGACUAUGAACAGAGGGUCUCGGGUACCCUCGCACAAAUGCUUGAGGAAAUGCAUGACCUUCAGAACCUCUGCAGGGUCCUGCAGCCUAGAGAGCUCCAAGACGACCAAGAAUAUCUGGAGCUGGACAAAAACAGCGACAGUCCACUGAAGAGGAAAUCUCCCUAUAUACUAAAAAGGCAACUGCGCACCAAUAAAUCAAGACGGCCGUACAUUCUGAAGAGAAGUGUGUAUUACUGAUGCUCAAGACCCACAGACGGAAAGACAUUUUUACAUUUUGUGAAUAUGUGUCUGUUUUCACUGUCAUAGUAUUAUAUAUAGUAAUUGUAUGUUCUGUUUUAGCUAAACCUUUAUUUAUUUAUGUGAUUCAGAAGUCAAUCCCUUCUUCUUCAUUAUGGGUUGGAUGAUGUAAAUAAAACAGCAGUCUAUUCAAGAGUUUAUUAUAUUUAUUUAUUUAAUGUAUUUUUCUUCCAAUGUAAUUAAAUCAUACUUAUUAAAACUA